AUGGAGUUGAAUGUCAUAAAGACUGACAUGAAAGUUACACACAAAUCAGUAGGUGGGGGGUUGAGCCAUGGAAAUAUUUCUCAAACAAAUGAUCCCAUUUCCAGCUCACACACUCAACCCCCUUCUCCUUUUAUAAGUCUUUCAAAUUUCAUUCGAUGAUUCUCACAGUUUCCCCUUUCUUCUUCUAUCUUCCUCUUGCUGUUCUUUCUUCAAUUCUCUAAUGGAUGUUCUUAUUCUUGUGUAUGCAUUCUUGAUCUUGUAUCCACUCUUCUUACUAUGGUGGUGGGCCGAUUCAAAAAGAGAUCAAGAAUGCUAUUUACUAGACUAUGAGUGCUAUAAACCAACUGAUGAUAGGAAGCUUGACACUGAGUUUUGUGGCGAGUUGAUUACGAGGAGUGGGCUUCUUGGUCUCAAUGAGUACAAGUUUCUCUUGAAAGCAAUUGUAAGCUCCGGCGUUGGAGAAGAAACCUAUGCUCCGAGGAUGGUUUUCGCCCGCCGGGAAGAAAACCCUGCUUAUGAAGAUGGGAUCUUGGAGAUGGAGGAGUUCUUUAAAGAUAGUAUUGGAAAAGUCUUGGCCAGAUCAGGCGUUUCUCCUCAAGAAAUCGAUGUUCUUGUGGUUAAUGUCUCAAUGCUUUCUGUGGUUCCUUCCUUGGCAGCUAGGAUCAUGAAUCACUACAAAAUGAGGGAAGAUAUUAAGGUUUAUAAUCUCACUGGGAUGGGCUGCAGCGCCAGCCUUAUAUCUAUCAACAUUGCUCAGAACAUUUUCAAGACUCGCAAGAACUCGUACGCACUCGUCGUCACCUCAGAGUGUUUGAGCCUGAAUUGGUACUCUGGGAAUGAUAAAUCGAUGAUUCUCGCAAAUUGCUUGUUUCGUUCAGGUGGGUGUGCGAUCCUUCUGACAAACAAAAGAGCAUUGAAGAAGCGAGCCAUGUUCAAGCUGAAGUGUCUGGUUCGGACACACCAUGGGGCUAGAGAUGAGUCUUAUGAAUGUUGCAUACAAAAAGAAGACGACCAUGGCCGCCUAGGUUUUUACCUAGGAAAGAAUCUCCCAAAGGCAGCUACAAGAGCUUUAGUCGACAACCUUCGAGAAAUAUCUCCUAGGAUUUUACCCAUAAGAGAAUUACUCAGAUUUAUAGUAGUUUCCUUCAUUAAAAAAUGGAAACAAGGUUCCAGCAAAGUUGGAGGAGGGACAAAUACUAAAGCAAUGAUCAACUUCAAGACUGGAGUUGAUCAUUUCUGCAUCCACACUGGUGGGAAAGCUGUAAUAGAUGGCAUAGGAUCAAACCUUGAUCUGUCUGAGUAUGAUUUGGAACCAGCAAGAAUGACUCUACACAGAUUUGGCAACACAUCAGCAAGCAGCCUUUGGUAUGUCUUGGGCUACAUGGAAGCCAAGAAGAGGCUAAAAAAAGGAGACAGAAUCUUGAUGGUAAGCUUUGGUGCAGGGUUCAAAUGCAACAGCUGCUUGUGGGAAGUGAUGAGAGAUUUGGGAGAUGGCAAUGUGUGGAGAGAUUGUGUUGAUAAGUAUCCACCAAAAACAUUAGCAAAUCCUUUCAUGGAGAAAUAUGGAUGGAUCAAUGAUGAAGAUCCAAACACCUUUGUUGUUCCUCGCUGAUGAAACAGCUCAUAUUCAUUUUUAAUCAUCAAAACAGGUAUCUUAAUUCCUUUGUUGUUAGAUAAUCUUUAUUUUUAUUUUUAUUGUUGUUGUAAUCCAAUAAGGAAUGCAGAUUUCAACAUGAUUACAAGAGGAUUUUUUUAUCA